UUGAAAUCAGCGCCUGCAGUCUGCGGGUCGCCUUUACGCACAAUCAGAACCGUUCAGUUUUGCGUAAUUGCGCCCUAGGCUUUUGAGAAAUCAUGCAGGAGAGGCCGACGUGCAAUCAGACGCGCACUUCAUCGAGGGCGGCGUCGUUUUUCAUCGAAAAUCUACUCGGCAGAGGACGGGAUGUGCGAGAGCCGGCGUCGGACAACCCGGGGGACGCGGGUUUGGAGACUGUGUCCAACAGUCGACUUGACGCACAGGGCGGAAACAUCAGCAGCACAGCCCGGUCAGCGUGCAGGGACUUACCGUUACCGUGGUACCGCAGGGGACCUGUCCUCAACUUUAGGGGUUUGAAAAUGUCACACGCAGACUGCAGUCCCAGUCAUCGUGUAAGUCCAGAAGAUCCGUGUUCCAGAGGUUCCCCCGCGGUAUCCGAGCCGAUGACGGAGGGCAGCGACGAAACCGACGGCAAGACGGACGACAACGAGGACGCGCACAUCAGUUUCGACGCGCAGUCUGACCAGAGUCCCACGCGCAAGAAGAAGACCCGGACCGUGUUCAGCCGCACUCAGGUGUUCCAGCUGGAGUCAACCUUCGACGUGAAACGGUACCUGAGCAGCUCGGAGAGGGCGGGGCUGGCUGCGUCCCUCCAGCUGACGGAGACGCAGGUCAAAAUCUGGUUCCAGAACCGGAGGAAUAAGUGGAAACGACAGCUGGCGGCGGACCUGGAGGCCGCACAUGUUCCGAGCCCGGCUCAACGGAUUGUCCGGGUUCCGAUACUGUAUCACGAAGGCCCCACAUCCAUGUUGGGCUUCAGCCUGAGCGGACACCAAGUGGGUUUCCCAAACUCCAUCAGUUACCCCCUCUCCUCCUUUGCGCACUCCAUGAGCAUUUUGCGGUCGCAGAUGACGGGCCUGGUGUGAAGACUGUUUCAGAUCAACACAAACUGUUUCAAAAACAUGACACCGAGUCGUGCAAUAACCCAGUGACGCAAGAACCUUUAACCCAGUCCA